GGAAUUUCCGGUUAGAAGAACCGGAAGUAAGUACGUGGCUGCUCCAGCUGACAUUCUGCAUGAUGGCGACUGAGGUUCGGAGCGGCGACCUCAACAGCGGUAAUUCCAGCCGACUCGAAGUGUCCAUAGACGGCCUCACCCUUAGCCCAGAUCCCGAGGGCGAUCAGGAACAUGUCAAGCCACUGGACUCCUCGCUGGAAGGACGGACGAACGGAAAUCACGGAGCCGGCGAUGGGGAGGAGGAGGAGGAGGAGGAGGGGGAGGGUGAAAAUGCUAGAAGCUCUAUCGAGAGGAAAUGGGGCUUCUCUUUAGACGAGCUGUAUGGAUUGGCGCUGACAUUUUUCAAAGAGAAGGACGGGAAGGCGUUCCACCCGACCUACGAGGAGAAGCUCCGUCUGGUGGCGCUGCACAAGCAGGUGCUGCAGGGGCCCUACAACCCCGACGCCUCCCCUGAGGUGGGCUUCUUUGAUGUGCUGGGCAACGACCGCAGGAGGGAGUGGGCGCUGCUGGGGAACAUGGAGAAGGAGGAGGCCAUGGUGGAGUUCGUCAAGCUGCUCAACAAGUGCUGCCAUCUCUUCGCCCCCUUCGUCACCUCACACAGGAUCGAGAGGGAGGAGCAGGAGAGAAAGAGGAGGGAGGAGGAGGAGCGUCUGCGUGGUGAGGAGGAGGAGCGAGAGCGUGCUCGUGAGGAGGAGCAGCGGAGGAGGCGCGAUGAGGAGGAGAGCGGGGAGGGAGGGAGGAGGAGGAGGUAGCUGAGACCCGGCGACCUCGAUGGAGCAGCAGAAGCAGAAGCCACUCACACACCUCUCCGCCGCACCGCGCAGCAGAUCAUGGCUGCUCUGAAUGCCCAGACGUCGGUCCAGUUCCAGCAGUACGCGGCGCAGCAGUACCCCGACAGCCCUGACCAGCAGCUGGUCCUGAUCCGCCAACUCCAGGAGCAGCACUACCAGCAGUACAUGCAGCAGCUCUACCAGGUCCAGCUAGCCCAGCAACAGGCUGCACUCCAGAAGCAACAGCAGCAGCUGCAGGAGGAGGCGGUGGUGGCGUCGGUGUUGGAGACCAGCGAGACGUCUGUGUGCUCUUCAGCGCCCCCUGUGGCUGAGGAGGCCCCCACGCUCAACGGCCAGGCAGAGUCCACCUGCGACAGCCUGGACAGAGCCUGGACAAGGAGAUAUCAUCGACCUGGAGGUUCUCCAGCGGUCAUUUGCUGCUCCCGUCCGUUGAGCGUCCAUGAAAGACUAAGGACUUCAAGGAGAGAUCCUGGGAUGUGGACUCUUCGAAAGUGGGGCGACGGCGGGCUGAACGCGUGUGCCCUCCGGGAGGGGGCUCCCUACGUGAGCUGCAGUCCAGCUGACAUCGUGUUCCCAGGGAGGAGGACCAAGUGGGUAGGUCUGCACGGCGACACGGAGGGGCCAACGGGUUUUCUGGGAAGUGAGCCCCAGAGUGAGGAGGAGAAGGCUCGUAAGGAGGCGGGCAAGCCGCAGGUGGGCUUGUACCCCCGGAUCGCCGGCAUCUACCUGCUCAAGUUCGACAACUCCUACUCCCUGUGGAGGGCCAAGAGCGUCUACUACAGAGUCUACUACACCAGAUAAACCCCUACCACCACAGACCAUGGGGC